AUGAGCAACGAGAUGCGCCAAGCCUCCGGGGGCAGCGGCGGAAAAGCAAAGCGACGAUGGACAGACGCCAAUGAAGAUAUCAGAGCAAACCCUGCUGAUGAAAGCGCCGCUUAUCCUAAGAGGCAGCGCGUCUCGCGCGCCUGCGAUAGCUGCCGUUCGAAGAAGGACAAGUGUGACGGGGCUCAACCGGUCUGCUCGACUUGCGCUUCGCUAUGUAGGCCUUGCACGUACAAAACGAAUCCCAAAAAGCGAGGCUUACCGACCGGAUACAUUCGCACGCUUGAACUUCUAUAUGGUAUCAUCUUCACCAAGAUUCAGGGUAGUGAGGAGGUAGUGCGGACUUUGUUAAAGGCGGCCAAUAUACCCAGCCAUUUGGCUUCGAUGGGCAAAGAAGCAGAAGGUUCUGACACAUUGCUUGCCUCGUGGAAGAACAGCAUCGUGCUUAGAGAAAUUGAAAGUCUGUUGAUUCUGCUAGAACAGCCGGAAGAGGAACAAAACAAAGGUCGAGCACCAGGGAACUCGCCACCAGAUCCUGAGGCCAACAGUAUCAUAUCCUCAGACACGCUGGAGUGGCAGAUACCUGAUGUGUUAGUUGACAGAGAAAGCUCACUACCCGCUAUACUAUCACCAGUCAAGACACCUACGAUUACCUCCGCCGUCAAAACUCCUACGCAGCGCACUACGACCAAGGACAGCGGCGUCCAGGCUUGGCUUCCCGUCAACGAGAUGAAUUACUCGGUACCGGACAGAUCUUCCCAGCGUGCCAUAGACUCACCGGCGACCGUGCAUCACAACAAAGACGACCAUCACCGCUUGCCCUCUAACGCAUGGUCCCUGCUCGACAUCUAUUUUACCUACACUCAAUGCUGGCUUCCGAUACUCGAAAAACAUGAUAUACUCAGAACGGCAUUCCGCUACGCUGAAGACAUACAAAUAUCUCCUACUUCAGCAGGAAGCGGAGGUCAUGCAGCGUUGUGGGCCGCUCUGACACUCGCCUCUUUCCAGGAGGUGUCCAUCGCAGCUACUCGGCAACUUACAUACCUUCCCAAAAAUCAUCCAGAUCCUCACAAUCUAUAUACUACUGCCAAGAGUCUUCUACCGUCCGAGGAAGGUGAAUAUGAGAUCGGCCAUGUUCAAGCAUUACUCAUACUUUCGCUCAUAAAGCUUGGGCAGCAGGAUUGGGCGACAGCAUGGAUGCUUGUGGGGCAGGCUGUUCGCAUUGCUCAGUAUCUUGGAUUAAAUCAUAAGUCCAACGACUCUGGGCGGUCGAAACAUGUUUUCCUGGGUUGCUUUGUGCUUGAAACUCUGAUUGCGGCGCAGAUGCACCAGAUACCAUCGUUACAGAAGGAAGAUUUAUCGGUGAUUGGACCGAUUAAUGAGGAUGGUUUGGAGGAAUGGCAUCCUUGGGAGGAUCAGACAGGCCUUCGUCCAUCCAAGCCUUCGUCUGACUCUUUUCAUCGCGGACCUCUUCAUGCACUGAGCACGUUCAAUCGACUGGUUUCAUUGGUAUCCAUCCUGAAUGAGCUGUGUUGUCUACGGCAUCGUUCAACCGCGUCUGUUUCGCAACUGGAGGCUGUAGAGCGUCAGUUACAGCUUUGGGUUAGCGCGCUUCCCAAAGCUUAUCGUGUUGACUUACAAUCAAACCCGACUCGGUCGGCACCGCAUGUAUUUGGGCUUGAGAUUCUGUAUGAAGGGGUUGUCACCGUCUUAGGCUUGGAAAUUGCAAGCCAAGAAAGCAAUGGGGCAAUGACAGAGACGCCUCGCAAGAGGCGUGCCAUUGAAAGCUCCAAGAGGCUACUGCUUUUGCUUCAAACUUAUAUGGAGACUUACAGUCUUUCAGCAACAUGCCCUACGUUCGGGAUGAUCUUGACGCUUGGCAUUCAACGGCCUGAUGGGGCACAAAGAAUGUCGUCGUCGGCUGAACUUGAAUUUGGCCUGCAGAGCAAACUCGAAUCUUUUUCUUCUCAUGUCGCUUCGGUAUGGUCCGUACCAGAGAAGACUGCCGGAGAAAGUUCAACGAAUGGGGUCCAGACUACAAUCACAUCCACAUCCAUACCAGCGAACCGACAAGGAAGCUUCGCUAAUAUCUCCCCCUCGGAAACGAGUAUGUUAUCGAAUGAUAUUAUGACUCAAGGCCCCUCCAGGUUCCAGGCGACUGCUCUUGAUCCGAGAAGCGAGGCGCCUCGAAUAGACAUGAUAGAUGAUCCCCGCGCUGGGAUCAAUAUCGAUUCCUUUCUUUCGAAUCCCUGGAUGAGAACACCGGCCAGUCUUGACGAUAGCAUUUCUCUGCUGAGGACGCCAACGCCGUCAUUGACAAACGCGCGUACUGCGGCCGAAACAUCACGUCAACCGUCACAACUGAAUGGGCCUACGCCUAGCAGGACACGGCAUUCUAUUUCUACAACGAAGCCUAUUCGCGAGGCAUCCUUAUUGUCUAAUAUACCAGUACCUUUUCAGCCAGCUACGUCCCAGUGUCCACCUACGUACAACGAUCCGAAUCUUAACCUUGACUCAUUUGUGGACAUGGAUGGAUAUGGACAACCCCGACGACAGAGAAUUGCACCGGAUCUUGAUGCACUGUUCGAUGAGCUGGCAUCAUUGGAUGGCACUGAGAAGGCCGACAAUCAACCCGAGUUCAUGCAGAACCUUGGAUUCGUACCUGAUGCAGGGAUGCCAGAACUCUAUCCUUCUAGUGAUCAGACGGAACCGUUUCUUUUAGCACAGACACAGCAGAAACCAGGCCCGGAGACUUCCACGGGCCGUCGAGAGUCGUGA